CGACUUGCGGCAGCCGCGGGGACACCUCUCCUCGCGCUUUCGCCGACAUUGCUACUCGCGGUACACAAUUUCGUGUCGAGCUCGCGACCUGCGCGGACGUGGAUACCUUUACUCAAUAUUCUUCGCAGUGUUUUACCUGUUCGCACACACCUGCGCUCACCUGCUGCUAAUUACACGUUUGCACUCGACGCAAAACAAUAACAUUUAAUGGUUACAACACAGAGUGACUAAAGUGCGGGUAUUAACGGUUUUAAUAGUUUUAAUGAUGACGGAAACGGUGGUCACUGUGCAGCCCAACCAAGGGCCCAACAACAACGCGGCGAAACCCGAUGGCACUAAUCAACCGGGCGCCCUCUCGUGGCUUAAGAUCAAUUUGGAUUACUAUCGCACCAUGCCCGGACAAAUCAAACUGGUUGAAUUGGUCUUUGGAAUAAUCUGCAUGUCGUUGGCUUCUCCAGCGUAUCUGUCAGGCACACACUGGUUCCUCUUCGUCGUGACAAUCAGUUUCAUUGGCACGCUCAUCUGGACGUUUGUUUACCUGCUGGGUAUUCGCGAAGCACUAAAUCUUCACAUUGACUGGCUACUAUCGGAACUGGUAAAUACAGGAAUCUGCACUGUUUUGUACGCGAUUGCGUUCAUCGUUCAAUUGGCUGUGUGGACACCAGCUUAUCCAAGAUACCGGGCUGUUAACUUAGCAGCAGGCUGUUUUGGAUUGUUCAACACGUUGGUGUACGGUUUCGGUGCCUAUCUCCUCUACAUCGAAUGGAAAAGCACGCGGACGCCGCAAUAAUAAUCCAGCAACCGCAAAAACCGCAAACAUCAAUUGGAAUUUUGAGCGCAACUCAAUUUCAAUGCCGACGCAAUGUGUCAAACCGUGAAACAAUACAAAUACAAAAUAUUUAAAGAUUAAAAUAAGCACCUAGAAAUCACCGUGAUGACUGAAAUUGUUCAAUAUAGUCAUUCAAAAAGUAUCGAAAUAUCAAUAUGUUAUAAAGUUGAUUUAGUACGUUGCAAAAACACAAAAGGAAACUCUAGUUGUAUUUUAUAUUAUACUGUAUUGAAUUGUAUUGUUUUAAAGCUAUGUUAAUUUAAUGUUUUCACACCAUGUUUCUAUAAAAUAUUCACAUUGUCGAUUGUUGUGCAGUUUAAAAGAUCACUGUAAACGCGUGUAAUUUAUAUACAGAUUUUGUACUUGUACCCGAGUUAAGAUAAAAAGAGAUUAUUUUAUUAAAUUGUUAAGGCGCAUGGACGUAAACGUAGAGUAACAGCAAGACGUGUACUUUGUGAGUCAUUAGGAAAGGAAGUACGGCUUUAAAUGCAAAAAAACGAAGUUAUUAAUAAGUUACAAAAAUACGUUUGAUGUUAUUGCAUAAUCUAAAUAUCCGAUGAAUGAAUCAGAAUAAAAAUAAAUUGAUUUGUACUAAUAAUGGCAAAUUUUUAUGUUUUUAAAUAAAUAAAAGUUUAUAAACA